GGCUGCGGGACCAUGGAAUCGCCGGCGUCACCUCCGCCUCAAGGCACUCAGGCGGAGCUGCAGCUCGGCACAGGCUACGAAGUCCUCGACCACUUGCAGCGGGUCAUUACUAAAACCCCGGGAGCAGACAGCUCCAUUCUGAAUAUCUUGGGCGAUGAGCUCUACGAAUGCGAUGACAAAGAAUGCGUGCUCAACAACGGUUACUGCAGCAGCAGCAGUCACAACGCGACGACAGGAGAGAGCAACGCGGAUGAAACAUUUCUGGAUGAGUUGCAGAACAUUUGGCAUGCUAAGCUCAUUGAAUGCCUGAAAGACACGGCCAAACAAUUUGGACUUCCACUUAGCCGAAAGCGCACCAUCGGAGAACAGGAGCUCGUAGAGUCCAGAUGGUUUGACUUGGGAAGCGAAGAGAUCGAACUCUUGGCAGUCGAACCACUUUACACACCUCAAGAUUUCCUUGACUUCUUGCUUUCUCCAGCGUCCAACGAAGACGAGAUUUGCUUCGUUUCCGGAAACACAAGCUUUCUUGCCCAAGCCUCGGUAGCGCUCAAAACCAAAGAUAUCUGCGAACUGGUUCGUACGGCGCCGUUGUAUUGGCAUGCUUUGGAAUGUCGAAAGUUUGCCUGCUGGUGGGCUGCUACUGCAUCUACUUUUUACUCCGUGCAGAGAGAAAUGCUGAAGACGCCAAGUUACGAAGCUCCCAAGUCUCAGGACUUGGACAGCGCAGAGUACCAACUGUUCGCACAGCUAAUAUAUGACACAAGUGACCAGCUUGCUGCUAGGGAGUUCCUGAAGCGGGGUUGUCCACAUUGCAUGCGAAGGCUUUUCUGGGCCAGGGUGCUGGGCAUUUCAUCGGCUGAAAAGGUGAACGCCGAGUUCGAUGGCCUCAAGGAAAGAGUGAUACGGUACGAGCUGCUUGUGGACCAAAUUAUUAUAAAGGACGUUCGUGACACUGUAAUGAACGACAUCGAGUACUUCGCGUUUGACGACAGUUGCUAUCAAGUGAUGUUGGCGUUCACAAGAGACUACUAUGUUGCGAGAAGAAUAAGCAACAAUUCAUUAGGAACGGUUAUACUGAGAGCUGACUUACCUUGUGGAGCCGUUCCAUACUACGGCUUUUCAUUGCUCGUGAGCCCCCUGUGCUUCAUGUACGCAGACGUCGGCAUUAUGUACGCUGUCUUUCGCGAAAUGUACUGCCGUUACUUCCACAAGUUAAUGGCCAUUUCUUCAGACCCACAGGGCAUUGUGUCAUUGUUGUUGACCUUUGAAAGAUUGGUUCAGUACAGGGAACCCGAGUUCCUGCCAGCGCUGGCCUCCAAGAAUGUCAAUCUACAGCCUAUUGUGUUCCAAAUGCUUAUGCAAUCAUUCUGUGCCCACCUACCUGCGGAAGAAGUCCUGAGAUUGUGGGACAGGGUACUGGGCUACGACUCUGUCUACGUCCUUCCAGUUGCAGCGGCGAGCUUAGUCUGUUCCAAAAAGACAGAAAUUCUUGGCACGAGAGAUCAGUCUUCACUUGAGGACAUAUUUAACAAGCUAAUGCCAUGCGACGUCAUAUCCACGCUGGACGAUUUCCUCAAGCCUCCAAGUUUGUGACGGCGACACGAUAAAUAGAGCUAUUGAACUUCACUGCCGACGAUGGCUACUACUUGUAGUCGAGAACGUGCUGCCUGUCAGAGGCCAACAGAGACAUCGUGCAAUUUUGCUGUGAUAGUUUUACAUCGUUAGCCUGAUCUGAGCCAACAACUGCAUGCUAUCCAAUGCAACGCCACCGUUUUCUUCACUACGCCUCUCUUACUCAACGCUGUCAGGACGCAGCACUUCACAUUACAAUCUCAUUCUGUACGCUGUCUACAUCAGCCAUAGCAGCCCGUGCGUGUUUAACAUGAAUAAUUUCAUAAUAAACUAUGAGUUGGAAGUAUAUACAUCACUGACUACGGGGCUAAAUGCUUUUUCUUAAGUGACGACAAUUUUUUCUCACAACCGGAGCUUUAAUUAGCAGACCACAAGAAGAAAAGUGUUGAGGAAAAAAGCGCCUUAGAAAACCAUCUUACUGAUUAGUAGUCAUAUAAAAUUCGAGCUAAUAUUAUCGACUUAUUCCUCAUUUUAACCUGUGUCAUUCCUUUUUUGUGCAGCUGCUAUACAUCAAGUUAAUGUGACCUUGCGCGGCAGAAUGUUGCCUUUUCGUGUGCAACUUUCGUCACGUGCUAAAAGUGAUCACAAUUUUUUGUUUAUUAGGUGUGUUCAUAACUGCAAGUUAAAAUGCAUCAGCAAAAGUCGUCUCACUUCUUUUUCGAACAGAGACAACCGUGAUUGCUUCCAUUUCAGACUCCCCGCAUGGGAAAAUAUUUCUUUCUUUUUUAUAUAAAUAUAAAUUACAGAAGUAUCGAAACACGUGGGUAAUCAUACUUUUUUAUAUUGAAGAAGAUGCCUGAAGAAUAACUGCAAGCUGGGCAAAUUGGUAUCUAUUCAUAUUCAUACUUUGGGUUGUGCAUGAAACACACGGACAAAGAAAUUACUAGUCGUCUAGCCCUUUCCUUGGUCCGUUCAUUUCAUGCGAAAUCCAAAGUAUGAAUAUGAACAUGCACGAGUUUGAUAGGACGAAUCCAAGAAGGCAAAGGGGUGCCAACAAAACAU